UGUAUCUUGCAGUUUAUGACACAAUGAACGCCUCUGAGCCAGAUUCCAGCUUUUUAUUUGAAAGAAAAUUUAUACUUCAAGGUUUCUCUUAUGAGUGGGAGAUUCAGAUCCUCCUCUUCUCACUCUUCACUACAACAUUUACUCUCACCAUAACAGGGAAUGGGGCCAUUGUUUGUUCCCUACUGUGUGAUAAGCGACUCCACACUCCCAUGUACAUGUUCCUGGGGAAUUUCUCCUUUCUAGAGGUCUGGUAUGUUUCUUCUACAGUCCCCAAGAUGUUGGCCAACUUCCUCUCAGAGAAAAAAGACAUCUCCUUUGCUGGGUGCUUCCUCCAAUUCUAUUUCUUUUUCUCUUUGGGUACAUCUGAAUGCUUUCUUUUGACUGUUAUGGCCUUUGAUCGGUACCUGGCUAUCUGCCGUCCCUUGCACUACCCUAAUAUCAUGACUGUAAAUUUCUGUACCAAACUGGUCAUUAUCUGCUGGGUUUGUGGAUUUCUGUGGUUCUUAAUCCCCAUUGUUCUCAUCUCUCAGAUGCCCUUCUGUGGUCCAAAUAUUGACCAUGUUGUAUGUGACCCAGGACCACUUUUCACAUUGAUGUGUGUCUCUGCUCCAAGAACUCAACUGCUUUGCUACACUCUAAGCUCACUAGUUAUCUUUGGUAACUUCUUCUUCAUUCUUGGGUCCUAUACUUUUGUCCUAAUAGCCGUGUUGCACGUGCCUUCAGCCACUGGAAGACAUAAAGCCUUCUCCACAUGUGGGUCUCAUCUGACUGUGGUUUCACUGUUCUAUGGUUCUCUUAUGGUCAUGUAUGUGAGCCCAGGACUUGGACACUCUGCUGGAAUGCAGAAAGUUGCAACUUUGUUCUAUGCUAUGGUGACCCCACUUUUCAAUCCACUCAUCUACAGCUUCCAGAAUAAGGAGAUAAAGGCAGCCCUGAGGAAAGUUCUAGGCAAUCGCUAUAUAAUCUAA